GCCUCCGCGGCCGCCAUGCGCCGGGGCCGCGCUCAGGCCGCCAUGGGCCCCGCGCCGCCGUCCCGGGAAAUCCCCGCUCCCGGGGCUGAGGCCGGCGACGAGGCGGAGCCCGAGGGCGGUGCUGCGGGGGAGGCCGAGAUGGAGCUGCUGCGGAGCCUCCUGGCGCGGACGCUGGGGCUGGGCUCGGAGCCGGGGGAGCGGGUCCUGGACGAGCUGUCGCUGCCCGGCGUGGCCCGGUUCAUGCGCAGCGAGCGGUGCCGCCGCGUGGUCUGCAUGGUGGGGGCCGGCAUCUCCACCGCCGCCGGGAUCCCCGAUUUCCGCUCCCCGGGCACGGGGCUGUACGCCAACCUGGCGCGCUACGAGCUGCCCUACCCCGAGGCCAUCUUCGACAUCUCCUACUUCAAGGAGCACCCGGAGCCUUUCUUCGCCCUGGCCAAGGAGCUGCUUCCCGGGCAGCUCAAGCCCACCGUCUGCCACUACUUCAUGCGCCUGCUGAAGGAGAAGGGGCUGCUGCUGCGCUGCUACACCCAGAACAUCGACACCCUGGAGCGGGUGGCGGGGCUGGAGCCCGAGGAGCUGGUGGAGGCGCACGGCACCUUCCACACCUCGCACUGCACGCGGGCCUCCUGCCGCCAGCCCUACGGCCUGUCCUGGAUGAAAGAGCGCAUCCUCUCGUCCCUCGUCCCCAAGUGCGAGAAGUGCCAGGGCGUGGUGAAGCCAGACAUCGUGUUCUUUGGCGAGAGCCUCCCCUCGCGCUUCUUCACGCUGCUGCAGUCGGACUUCCAGAAGGUUGACCUGCUCCUCAUCAUGGGCACCUCGCUGCAGGUCCAGCCCUUUGCCUCCCUCGUCAGCAGGGUCCCCGCCAGCACCCCCCGGCUCCUCAUCAACAAGGAGAAGACGGGGCAGAGCGACCCUCUCAUGUCCCUGAUGGGUUUUGGCUGUGGGAUGGACUUCGACUCGGACAAAGCCUACAGGGACGUGGCCUGGCUGGGGGACUGCGACCAAGGCUGCCUGGAGCUGGCGGAGCUGCUGGGCUGGAAGGAGGAGCUGCAGGAUCUGGUGAGGAAGGAGCACGCCGCCAUCGAUGCCAAGGCCCGGGGGGGGCGAAGAAAAAAGCCGGGGGGAGCCUCCAAAAAGCCGGGGGGAGCCCCAAAAAAGCCGGGGAGGGGCCCAAAAAAGCCGGGGGGGGCAACGAGGAGGGGCGGGGGGGGAGCGAGCCCCCCGGGGGGAGUGCGGCCCCCCCGCCCUAAGGGGGUGGGGGGCAGUAAAGGGACGCACUUCAGCCCAAUUGCCUUCUGGGAGACUCAGAGAGUCGGGAAGAAGAAGGCGGAGCCUCGGCGCACGGCCGUGAAGAUGGGCGGGGCGCAUCCCCGACGGACACCCCCCGCAGCCAACCAGCUCGGUGGGCGGGCGAACGGACGCGCGGCCCGGCCAAUCAGACGCGCCCGGCGCGCUGACAGCCAGGAGCGCCGCCGAGCCCAAUCGCGGCGGUGGGCGGGCCGGCGGCCGGGCGGGCCAAUGAGGCGCCGGCCCCGCCUGAGUGGCGGCGGCGCCGCCCAAUAG